UUACAUCUACACCCAUACAAACUACAGUGUAUAUGUCCAGAAAAGUGUGUGUAUAUAUGAUAUGAAACAUGAUAAAGUGUAAUGAGAUGAUGCGUUGUCUUUGUCUCACCUUCAGAUGCUGCUGCAGUGUUUCCUCCGGUCUGAGGCAGCAGGAUGAAACGCUGCAGCUUUACCUGGCUUUGCUCGCUGAGGCUCCGCCCCCCCCAGGUGUGAAACAGGACCGAACACGCCGCCUGUAUAAAACGAUUCCCCGAGUUUGCCAAAUGAUGGAUCAUUUAACACAGUGUGAUGAUGCUGAGGGGGAACUGAGCCCUUACUUGUUUAUUAAGAACAACAAGUUCCCUGUUUACAUUUUGUUCAUGUCUUCAGGUGUGAGUGUAAAUCUGAACUCUGAAAACAUAUUUCGCUGCAACAGUCGACGACGAGACAUCAAAGAGCAUCGCGGACAGAAAUGAGUGUUUGCAGUUUCCUCUUCCUAAAUCCUGUGUUUCCAGAUGAAAGACAUCAGCGACACACACCCUUCCUGUCAGCCUCUCAUCACACAACACACACUGAUGACUGUUUACGCACGCACACACAUACACACACACCUGUAACCUGAGAGUUACCGGCAGUGAACUGCGUUGAUUCAUACACAACAGGUUCUGCUAAAAAGACUUCGUACACUUUUGCUGAACUUAUUCAUGUGCUUCUAAUAAUAAUAACUGGACCAGGUAAGUAAAUUAAUUAUUAUUUAUUAUCACUACAUGACUUCUAUCACUUCUUGCCCACAAUUUCUUUUCCAAGUUAUAAUGGUCACAUCAUUUCACACCAUGUCAUGUGCUGUACAUGGAAACCUGGUAGCAAUGCGCACAUAAUUAUCGAUAUAUUGCAAACCUAUUUAAUCCACCACAUCGGGAUCAUGUCAUGCCUCUUGAGUCCAUCACCCGCGUGGACAGACAUGUGAGGGGGGGACGUCGGCGUGCAGACCCCUGGUGUUGCAGACUGCACAGCACAGCUUGGGCCUUCACCUCUGAUCACAUGGUUCAGCUCCACCCAUUAGGCUUUUUUUAUGGACCAAACCCCUGCAGAGGGGCUGGACUCUACACUCCUCUGGAGACGUCUGGGGGGGACUUCAAGCGCCCCCCCCCUCCUACUGAGCGCCGCUGAAACCUUGUUCUAAAUCACAUGGACACACAGCAAAACACACAACUGUUUUUCCAAAAUAUCAGAAGAAUGACAUUUUUAAUUCAUGUAAAUGGAAUAACUAUGUUGAUCAAAUUGUUUUGACCUGGCACUUCUUGAAGGUGAGACCUGCGCCCCCCCCCCCCCUCCCCCCCAUCCCUCCCUCAACACACUCAGAUGUCGUCACUCAGGCUUCAAAAGCUGAGAGGAAGCGGUCACAUGUUCGGCUUGUUAAGUGUGAAAGGUGAAGUCAGAGUGACAUCAUCAGUCAACACCGGCAGACUGAAAGCAAGCACGCACACACACACACACACACGCACGCACGCACGCACGCACACACACACACACACACACAAAGCUGUAGCUUCUUCAGAGGCAAGAGACUGAAUACUGUGUGUCUGUAUGUGUGAACAUCUGUCAACCAAACAAGUCGACAAAGUCUGCAAUAAUAUCCACUCUUUUGAACCGGGUCUAGAACAGAAAAUGGCUGCAUCAUGAAAUUAUUCAAACUUCGAUCUUUUCAUUUGUACUUUGUUAAUAAUUUUAUUAUAUUUCAGCGUUUUUAAGCGUUUAAUUUUUGUUCGCAGUUUUUUUUCGUUCAAAUAACAUAACAUGUUUUCUCCUGAUUUGGAUUUUUAGGACUUUUAAGCAUAAUUACAUUUCCAAAUUGAAUAUUGGUUGGUUUUAAUUAUUUAAAAACCAACGCUUGCUGUUUUGCUGCUUUGUUCUUAAAUGUAUGCCCUCCCGCACGCGCAAACACACGCGUUCGACCUGCUGCGUCACGUGCGACAGAGGCACGUGUCGCAGCUUGUGCGUUAGAACGAUCACCACGCGUCGGACCCCCCGGGAAACCCGGAGGACACCGGGAGAAGUCCUGGGAGGACCCAAAGGAGGGAGGCCGGGCUCCAGCUCCAAGAGGGCGGCUUCCUCAUUCCUCUAAACAGCAUUUUGAUGAUUAUGAAAAACAUAUUUUUCUUUAUUUUUAUGCAACAUCACAAAGCGUUACUGCUGCUUCAGGAUCUCACAUCGGCUUCCUGUAUUUCACUUCAAUGAUUAAAUAUUAAAACAAACAACGAGCAGCCGUCUAUCUGCCCGUGUUUAAGUGGCCCAACAUCAGUCUCUCUCUCUCUCUCUCUCUCUCUCUCUCUCUAUCUGCACAUCUGCAGCAGUCUGAUCCCAUCAGACAGCAGGAAGGUUCCCAGGUAAUAAAAAGAGGCGAUGAGGCCAGGAGAUAAUUGAUGCCCCCACCCUUGCGUUGGAGGAGAGGGGGGGGGGGGGGGCGGAGUGUGGGAAAGCUAAUCCUGCCCUGGACUCAUGGCUUUGUGAUGCUAAUGUGUCUCCUAUAAAUAGAGGAGGGGGCUCCUCGGGGUCCCAUCACAGCUCGCGCUGCUCUCAGACCGACCGAUGGCUCCGAGCAGCAGAGACUCUCCCGUCUCAGGGCCGCCCGCCAGAGACAGACACAAACUGAGGAAGCCGGCGGUGGAGAAGAUGCGUAGAGAUCGCAUCAACAGCUGCAUCCAGCAGCUCAAGGUCCUCCUGGAGGAGGAGUUCCACCAGCGGGACCCCGACAACAAGCUGGAGAAGGCCGACGUCCUGGAGAUGACGGUGGGCUUCCUGCAGCGGCACCUGAGGCCGAGGGUCGCGCUCGCGGCGGCCCACGGCGACGGCUUCUCCCGCUGCUGGGAGGAGGCGACGAGCUUCCUCUCCGCCGGCUCACCGGCGGGAGUGACGUCACCGCCGCGCAACGGGUACGCGCACGACGCGCCGCUCCUCUCAACGCACGGUUACGUUCAGGCUCCCGCCAAGCCGCCGUCGCCCGGAACCGACGGGCCGGUGUGGAGGCCCUGGUAGGGGGGACGCGUCAUCACCGGAUCUAUGGAAUGUAUGGACUAUUUCUGGAUUGAUCUUGCAGAAAACUGUUGGACUCCUGUGGAGUGCAGACUGAUGCAAUGACACGCACUAAUCGAUAUAGUGCGUGCAUCAUCAUGCAGAAUCAACGCGUGUUUUAGACUGUCACCUUU